AAUAUAAAGAGCUUCGGAGUGAUUCCUUCUUAACUCUGGUCAAUUCGCCAAGAAGAAGAACCUCUCCAGCAGGAACAUGGCAAACAAAUAUCUCAUGAUCUUCUGUCUUCUCCUGUACAUUUUGCCCCUGACAAAAGGAAUGUCUGCUCCGCAUCAAGGUCAACGUUGCUUAUGCCACAAAUCGAGUAAAAGCCUAAAUGUUAAAGAAACGACAAAAAUUGAAAUUUUUCCAAAAAGCACAUCUUGUGAAAGAAUUGAAGUUAUAGCUACCAUCAAGGACAAAAGCAACACUGUACAAGCAAAAUGUAUCAAUCCUAAAGCAAAACUAGUAAAGGAAAUAAUCUCUGGAAAGAUACGGAAAAUGAAAGGCAUGAGAGUGAUCAAUCAUCUUAAAGCAUAAUCUCAGAUGGUGGCUUUCGCUCCGUCGUUCACGUUAUCAAAAAUGUGAUCCUGCCUUGUUCCAGCAAAAAUAUGGUUAAAGAAAAGACAAAACAAUGUAAAAAAGUAUACUUUGCGGUCCUUGUUUUUUUGGGUUUGUUUUUUUACAUUUUGUCUGCAGAAAAGUAUGUGCAAGAUACAUAUUAAUGUUUACUAUUUUCUAUAAGCUAAGAGAGAUUAAUUUUAAAUGAAUGUGUAUAAUGUACAUAUAGCAGGGACUAACAUUUGUUUUAUUCAUUAUUUUAAUCUCUUAAUUGUGUUGAUUUGUUCUCUGAGCAACUUAUUAGACAUUUUGCUUCUUUGGUUGUUGAAAAGGAUAAAAUUUAAGAUAAACUAGAAAUGAAAGCUAAAGAAAAUUUGUAUAUUUUAUUAAUUAUAUAUCUGAGUUACAAAUUACCACCAUUAUUCAUACCUUGGAACGCUCUAGGUUUGAGUAUCGUUCCCCAGGUCUGUAGGUUAGUUUCUUUUUUUUCUGUGGACAUAACAGCGGUCUUUGACCACAAAGGUUACAUCUCACAGCUCACCAUAGUCAGUGCAUAGGGCAUACAACUUUUUUUAGGUUCAUAUAAGCACAGUGGAUGGGUUUUGCUGUGAUUGUUCUUCCUGUGUUAACAAAAACAUCAUUUGUACACCUAGACCCAUACAUAAUCUUUUGAUCUGUAGAUUUAAAGGCAGACACACUGCCUACUGCAUUAUAUACAAAAUAAAUAUCAAAAUUUGCUGUAUAAUAGGCAAAUAUAUCGGUGACAUUUUAUGUUUGUGUACCAAAAAAUAAUUUAUUGUCUUAUUUUGAAAAGAUUACUAUUUUUGGAAAUAAAUAUGAGUUGGGUGUUUAAA